UUGCAAGCCACCAAAAUCAAAUGUUCUAGCGUUCUUGUGAAAUACUAAUGUUUUGAAACUUUAACUAAAUUUGCUUAUAAUGAGUGUCCCAGAGGCAUUGGAUAAAGUGGCCAAUGAGACGGCAGCAAUUAACAGUCCGGAAGCAGAUAGUGGCACUAAACGAAAAUCCUCUAAAGAUGUCACACACAAUGGCAAUGAAAAUUAUGACGCAGAAAACAGCCCAAGAAAGCGCGUUAAAUCGGAGGAACCAGUGGCAUCCAUUAAGGAUGAAACAGACCUCGAUGUUGCUAUUAAAAUAAAAGCAGAGCCAGUGGACGAUGCGGAGGAUAAAGAAAAUCCCGCUGCUGAGCCCACCAGCACUGAUCCUACGAUCCAGAUUAAAACCGAACCAGCGGACAAUGGAAUUCCACCUGCAGCUACGAUGAUAAAGACCGAACCCACUAAUAAAAAUGCACCGGGCGCCGUCGACGACUCCUCCGUAUCCUCGAGCAGCACUAGGACUUCUUGUCGCUUCGGCAUACGAUGCUACAGGCGAAAUCCAGCUCAUCGAAGUGCAGAAGCUCAUCCGGGCGACCAGGACUACCGGCGACCAGAUUUCCCAGCGCCCCCCCUUGGAACUCCAGCUUGUCCUUACGGGAACUCUUGCUAUCGCCGUAACCCAGUUCACUUCCAGGAUUACUCCCAUCCGGCGGAUUUCAAUUCCGCGCAAAACAUUCGAAAUCGUCUGCGUCAACGACGAGCCCAACGGCAGAAUGAUGAUGACUCAUGCACGGAUGAGGAGGAUGAACCCUUUGGAGGCGACAAUGACAAGGAUGCGGACUACCGUCCUGGCGCAGACAUAGACGAAGAUGAGGAUGAUGAUCUGGAGUUUGAUAGUCAACGCAUAAGUGGCGAUGACUUCGAUUAGACUACACAUUCAAAUUUGUUGUUAACCUAGAUUAUACGUUCCAUUUACCAAAUAAUAAGCUUUAUAUAUAUUUUCUUGAUGAAAA